CUCACAAAACAAUGGCUUCAACUUCUUUUUGUCAUUCCAUAACCACUUGUGUUUUAUUCCUCUUUUUUCUAUAUUUAUCUUGUUUCUUCAACAACCUUAAUGCAAAACACAGCAUAACCAACAUUCACAAGAACCAGCAUAGGCACAACAAGCACCUUCAUAAUCCACCAUUAAACCUAAGACUCUACCGCGCUUUUCUUGCGCUGCAAGCAUGGAAACAUGUGAUCUACUCAGACCCGAAAAACAUCACUGCCAAUUGGGUAGGUCCUUCAGUUUGCAACUAUACAGGUAUCUACUGUGCUCCAUCCCUUGAUGAUCCUAAACUAACCGUUGUCGCCGGCAUUGACCUUAAUCACGCAGACAUAGCCGGUUUUCUACCCGAAGAAUUAGCCUUCCUAAGUGACCUUUCACUUCUCCACCUCAAUAGCAACCGUUUCUGCGGCAUCAUUCCAAAAACCUUCACAAACCUAACUCAUCUCUAUGAGCUUGACCUUAGCAACAACAGAUUCGUUGGACCGUUUCCUUCGGUCGUUCUUUCACUUUCUUCCCUUGCCUACCUCGACCUUCGUUACAACGAAUUCGAAGGUCCGUUACCUCCUCAGCUUUUCGACAAACCUUUCGAUGCUUUUUUCCUUAACAACAAUCGCUUCACAAGUUCUAUUCCAAGAAAUUUAGGGAAAAGCAAAGCUUCUGUCAUGGUUUUCGCUAAUAACAAAUUUGGAGGAUGCUUACCAGAAAGCAUAGUAAACUUUGCCGAUACUUUAGAAGAACUUCUCUUAAUCAACACAAGCAUUUCAGGUUGUCUUCCACAACAAGUUGGUUUUCUAUACAAAUUGAGAGUUUUAGAUGUGAGUUUCAACAAUAUUGUUGGUCCUAUACCUUAUAGUCUUGCAGGGUUAUCUCAUCUGGAACAGUUAAAUUUAGGACAUAAUAUGAUGAGUGGAAUAGUUCCUAUGGGAGUUUGUGAGUUACCAAACUUGGUUAAUUUCACUUUUUCUUACAAUUUCUUCUGUGAAGAAGAAGGCAUUUGUAAGAAUUUGACAUCAAAGAACAUAGUUUUUGAUGAUCGGCGUAAUUGCUUGCCGGAGAAGGCACUGCAGAGGAGUGAAAAGGAAUGUAGUGACAAACUUGAACAGCCACCAGUUGAUUGCUUUGAGGUUUGUUGUGUUGAAGGUGGUUCUGGGAAAAAUGCUAGUGCUGGUUCUGUGGCUAUUCCACCUUCUGCAAUACCAGCAGCAGCAAUGCCUGUUUCUGCUGCACCUUUUGUUGCACCAAGCUACCCUUGACCUUGAGCAAAGUGCUUGUGCUGAUUAAUAAAAGUUCAAAUUUGAGUUAGGAAAAUUACCUUGUGCAUACUUUGUUUAUAAUGUGCUAUAUUGUAUUGUAAUCUGUGUAACCUGAAAAGUGUUAUAUGCAACAAAAAUAGACUAUAUGUUUGAGUGUUUGUCUAA